GUAGAACAACUUGUUUUAUCAUCACACCAUGCCAUUAAACACAAUUGGGAAAAAGACUAUGAUAAGUAUGUACUUCCAUUAAUAGAGGAAAAUCAACCCUGCUAUAUAUUGUACAGAUUGGAUACGAAAAAUGAUUCUGGCUAUGAAUGGCUGUUUAUUAGUUGGUCUCCUGACACUGCCACUGUAAGGCAAAAAAUGCUGUAUGCCUCCACUAAAGCAACUCUUAAACAGGAAUUUGGAUCUUCUCAAAUUAAAGAAGAAAUACAUGGUACAAUAAAGAGUGAAAUUACUUUGGAUGGAUACAAAAAAUACAAAAAAGUCUUAGCCGCACCAGCUCCGCUAUCAAUGAGAGAAGAAGAACUGAAUGAAGUAAAAAGAACAGAAGUACAUACGGAUAUUAGUAUUAAUAGUAAGCACCAAACCUUAGGUGGUGUGGCUUUUCCAGUUACAGAACCUGCACAGCAAGCUAUUAUUGAUAUGAAACGGGGCUCUUACGACUAUCUACAAUUUGAAAUAGAUAUAGAAAAUGAAAAGAUUAAUCUUGCAACGGCUGAAAACGUACCCAUAGAAAAACUACCGUCAAAAGUUCCUGAAAAAUCGGCAAGAUAUCAUCUCUACAGGUUCAUGCAUACUCAUGAGGGGGACUACAUGGAAAGUAUAGUGUUCAUUUAUUCUAUGCCUGGAUAUAGUUGUUCUAUAAAAGAAAGGAUGUUAUAUUCCAGUUGCAAGAAUCCACUCAUCGAUGUUAUUACACAAUUAGGACUAGAUAUUAACAAAAAGGUAAAAUGUAGUCGCUAAAUCUAAAUGACGCUAAUUUAAGUUAUAGAUUUAAAAU